AUGCGCAAGGGGUUCGACAAUCUUGGGGCCGGUGGUCUUGCGAAAUUGCAGGCCCCGGAAGCUUGGUUUGCCGCGGAAGAGUUCGCAUGCGCCGGGAGGUGGGCGGUUGAGGCUCAAAACUGGAUCAAGGGUGAUGUCAAGGAUGCUGCCAUCUGCUGA